UUCGCCAUAAAGCUUGCAGGAAGUUUGGGAACAUUCCACUUCAUCUUAUCCACUGAAUUCCGCUUGUGUUGUUGUUCACCAAGUAAUUGAUAUUCUACUAAUUCCAAUUAGACUUUCCCUUUUCUUUCUUUUAGAUAUCGUGGAUGUAAGUCAACUUCCACUUCGUGUAAGAGGACCAAGUGAAAGCAUCUGAAGAAAUCGUCUCUGGGAAAUGGAGUGGAAUACGAAGUGGGACUGGGAAAAUCUUGAUGUAUUCAAUUCGAAAGGUGCUGCAAGUUCUAAAAAGUUGCAAUCGGCUUAUUGGGCGAUCGGAGAGGGUGAGGACAUAGAGGGGUCUUUUAACCUGUCUGGAGUUGUUGCUGGAGAUGGAGGUUCUGCAUCUGAUGUAGGGAAUAACUCAUCAACAAAGAGCUCAAUAUCGGCUUCAACGGAAUCUUCAUUCAAGGAUGGUAUGAAAGGAUCCAAUAUUUCAUUCGAGGGAUUUGGAUGUUUCCCUGAUUCUUAUAGCAAAGAGAAAGAGUUUGAUAGAGGUGAGCUAAAUGUUACUUCUCCUCUAGAGGCUUCAGUUUGUUCUGGUGAACCAUUCAUUGGUUUGGAACUUGGGAAAAGAACAUACUUUGAGAACACUUAUGUCAAGAGCAAUAACAAAUCAUCCUCUAUCUUGGGUAUUCCUGUAUCAUCUGUAUCGAUGGGGAAGAAAGUUAAAUCAUCUUGCCAAAGUACACCUAUUUCCCAUUGUCAAGUUGAAGGAUGCAACCUUGAUCUCUCAUCUGCUAAGGAGUACCAUCGCAAACAUAGAGUUUGUGAUACUCAUUCCAAAUGCCCAAAAGUUAUUGUGGCGGGUCUUGAGCGUCGUUUUUGCCAACAAUGUAGCAGAUUUCACAGUAUGUCGGAGUUUGAUGACGAGAAGCGAAGCUGCCGAAGGCGACUUUCUGAUCACAAUGCACGGCGUAGGAAACCACAGCAGGAACCAAACCAGUUUAACUCAAGGAGUCCUUAUUCAUCAUUCUAUGAUACUCAUCUGGUUCAAACUAGACCUGCUAUAAGUUCUACUUGGGAAAGCACAUGCAAUUCCAAGUAUUCUGUGGUACAAGUGAAAGCUGAAAAUUUUGGGGGCUUUGAUGUGUUGUCUCAUUCUACAGGAGUUCAAUUAUCAGAUGCUCUCAACAUGCCUACCCUUGCUCUCAAUAGAUCGGUGCCAUCCAAGGGUGCCAGAGCCGAGAUUUUUGAUUUAGGUUUCGAAGAACCGUUGUCUUCGAAUGUAGAUGCAGUUGAUCUUCGACGUGCUCUCUCUCUUCUGUCAAACAAUAAUAAUAGCUGGGGUUCAUGCGAUCCAAACUCCAUAGUGCUCGACCAUCAUCAUCGGAUGCAGCAUUCAGCUAGUCCCAGCAUGCCUCAACCUGCGGUUCCCGCACUUUCUUCCCAAGACUACUGGCAGGCUGAUCAGCAGUCCAUGGAUCCCAGCAUUCAUGUCAAAACCAAUAACCAUUUCCAGGAGUUCCAGAUUUUCAAAUCACCAUAUGAGAACUCCUUUCUAUUCCACCCCAAUGGAUGAUGUAUCCAAUCCCCUUGAGCUCCAUUCUUAGGUUAAAAGAUUGGACUGUUGUAAGAACCAAGAGUUGACUUUAGGCUAAAUGCAAAGUCAACCCACCACGUAGACUUGAUGUUUCCAUUGAUUCAACAUUUUCUUAAAAUGUAAUUGUGCAUUAUUACUAUAAAACGUUUUGAUU